AUGCGCGAGAGAUAUUGCGACGGGUUCGACUACCACCGCACGAAAUGCGGGCGCGACCUACACCCAUAUUGCGCCAGCCUCCCACGUGUGAUAGGAGACAACGAAGUGAAGCUAAAUCUCCACCACAAGGUCAGGUCCAACUGCCACAAGUGUGGUUGGAUGGAGCGUAGAAAGUGGGCCACGUCUUGGUCUUAUGUGUCCACGUGCGAAGGGUACUGUUUUCACGUGUCUUGUGUGAAGGACAUGCUCGUGGAGAGAUGGGAGAAGGGGUAUUUCGGUCCGUAUGGAGAAGUUGGAGAGAAUGGUCUUGCAUUGGAGACCAGCGUUCAAAGCCUCCAGCUGACACUUCCAAAUAAUAACUGUGCAAGUGGGAAAUUUAAUAAGUAUUGGAGGAUUUUAAACAUAGGCGCCCUCAAGUUCAUCAUCUCUGUCCUUAUUGGAGAUCCAACGGCUGUGGUUGCUGGUCUCAUCGCAUCUGUCAUCUCGUCCUGA